AUGGUUCUGUACAGUACUCCAUAUCCCAGUGCGUGCCUGCACUUCCUGGACGGUCUGUCAUGGAGCCUGGUCUUCCCUUGUUAUUGGCUGCUGGACCGACUGUUGGCGUCAUGUGUGGCCACGUCUCUGGAGAAGCGUCAGCGCUCCAGAGACCCCUGCUCCUUCCUCAGCCUGUGUGUGCUGGUGUGGGCCCCUCUGUACCUGCUGCUGCUGCUGCUAUCCCUGCCCCUUGCUCUGGUGGGCUUCAUCCUGUGGGCACCUCUGCAGGCUGUGCGCCAGCCUUACCUCUACACCUACAUCAAAUUAGACAGGAGCCUGGCAGAGCAGGGCCAGGCAGGCUCAGGAGGACUCUCUGAGUGGAGACCUCAGGGGCGGAGCUUCUGUUUCUGCAGUGCUAAUGUGUGCCUGCUGCCGGACUCUCUGGCCCGCUUCAAUAAUCUGUCUGACACUCACAGGAGAGCCCGAGAGGUGGGCAAGAGGAUCAGGAACGGGGCCAAUAGACCCCAGAUCAAAAUCUACAUCGACUCCCCCACUAACACCUCCAUCAGUGCUGCCUCCUUCAGCAGUCUGGCCACUGGUUUCCGCCGCACCUCGUCUCUGGACCAGCGCCCAGAGCAGAGCCACAGUACCAGUGGGCAGGCUGACAGUGAGACUGAGCCCCUCACCGAGUGCCCUCUUCACUCUUCUGCUGCCCCUGACUGCCCCACUCACCCCUCUGUGGAGCAGGGCUCUUCUCCAUGUCCCCUGCACCAGGAAGAGUCUGCCCCAGUCUGCCCCCUGCACUCCACCUCAGACUGUCCUGUCCAUAAUGGGGGCUCAGCUCCAGACUGCCCACUGCAUCAGUCCUCAGGAGGGCAGAACAACAGCCCAGAUCACCAUACCUGUCCCAUGCAUCCCUCCAAAGGGGAGGGCACUCCGUCCAAGUCGUGUGCCCUGCACAGCUCUGGUGUGCAGAUAAGCAUCAGUGCUCCAGAGCCCCAGGAGGAGGACCAGUCUGACCAGCCUGUAGACACAGCCUCCAUGACAGCUUCCCGGGAGUCCCUUACCCGCUACCAUGGCGACGGUGGCGGAGGGAUGUACUCAAACAACACCUUGUCUCAUGUCCCACGAACAUCCGUCUUCAAACGAGCAGCUCGAAAACGGCGCCAUGGAGAUGAGACUUUUGACCAUGAAAUCUCAGCCUUCUUCCCUGCCAAUCUGGAUUUCCUGGCACUGCAGGAAGUCUUCGACCACGGCGCCACCACAAGGCUGCGUCGCCAACUGCACAGAUACUUCCCCUACGUCCUGAGUGAUGUGGGACAGUACGGCUGGAAGAGCUGCUGCUCCAGGUUCAAGUUCCUCAACAGUGGGCUAAUGCUGGCCAGUCGAUACCCCAUCCUGGACGCCCGCUAUGAGUGCUACCCCAACGGCAGGGGCGAGGACGCUCUGGCAGCUAAAGGAGCUCUGUUUGCAAAGGUCCACGUGGGCACCUCUCAUCAGGAGCAAAGGAUUGUGGGAUACCUCACCUGCACACAUCUCCAUGCCAUAGAAGGUGAUGCAGCAGUCAGGUGUGAGCAGCUGGACCUGUUGCUGCAGUGGGGGGCGGAGUUUCGGCAGGCGUCUUCUCAGCCUCCUGAAGGAGAGAAAGUCCUGGAAGAUCUUGUGGCCUUCGACGUCGUCCUGGGAGACCUUAAUUUUGACAACUGCUCUUCAGAGGACAAGCUGGAGCAGCAGCACGCACUUUUUACUCAGUACAGAGACCCCUGCCGCCUGGGGCCUGGUGAGGACAAACCAUGGGCUCUGGGGACUCUGCUGGAUCCAAGUGGCCUUUAUGAUGAUGAGGUCAGCUCACCUGAAAGUUUACAAAAAGUGAUGGAGAAUGAAGAGGGCCGAAAGGAGUACCUGGUGUUCCCCCCCAGUAAGAGCCAGUGCCCCCGGAGCAGUCAGAAGGGCAGGAAGAUCCCCCUGAAGGGCAAUGGCCGCCGCAUCGACUACAUCCUCUACAGCGAUGAAGGCCUGCAGCCGGACUGGAAACUGGAGCUGGAGGAGUUCAGCUUCGUGACUCAGCUGGCAGGUCUCACAGACCACCUGUCUGUAGCCAUGAGACUGGCUGUGUCCACUGGAGAGGAUGAGCCUUAG